AUGCCACCGGCAGCCGAUAUGAUUGUUGAGAAUGUCGCCAGUGCCAACGUUGCCAAUGUUGAUGCCGUGGCUGGUGCUAAAUGGGAGCGCCAGGUAACGGUAAACGCAAAGACAGCGCCACACAGUUUGUUCCGCCAGGACAGGUGGUUCACUGGCAAGGCGCCACAGCCAGGGGUGUGCCCUGGAGUAAACGAGGCCGGAGUAAUCGCCUCGCUCCCGCUCCCGAACUUGGCAACAUGUGGCCAUGCCGAAGUGCUGGACUAUUUCGACAAUUCGUGGACCCUCUAUGAGACGCUGUUUGCGGGCCUGCGAACGAGGACGGCCUUCUACCGCCAACCGGACCAUAAGCUGCGACACCCGCUCAUCUUUUACUAUGGGCACACCGCGGCCGUGUAUAUCAACAAGCUGAGGGUCGCUGGGCUUGUCGACAGCCCCAUAAAUGCCCACUUCGAAGCCCUGCUCGAGGUCGGCGUAGACGAAAACUCUUGGGACGACCUGUCGACGGAUGAGACCGAGUGGCCGGAGCUCGAUGAAGUACACAACUAUAGAGCCCAGGCGUAUAAGGUUGUCUGCGAUGUCAUCACCAGCACUAAGUUUGCGGCUGAGCUGGGUCGACCUGUCAACAUGGACGACAGGGCCUGGGCUAUAGUACUCGGGCUUGAACACGAUGGCAUCCACCUAGACACCAGCUCGGUUCUGAUCCGAGAGAUGCCCGUCGACCUGGUCUCACGCCAUCCAGCCUGGCCUGCACCAACGACGUCGGCCCGUACCUCGCAGGAGGAGCGACUGGUACCUGACAAUGAUAUGAUCAGCGUGCCGGCUGGCGAGGUGGUGAUGGGGAAGCCUAACGACUUCCCGUCCUUUGGAUGGGACAACGAGUACGGCCACCAACGUGUCAACGUUGAUGCCUUUGAGGCUAGCCGUUACCUGAUCAGCAACGGCGAGUUCUAUGACUUUGUAGCUGAUGGCGGCUAUCGAGAGCAGUUGUACUGGUCUGAAAGCGGAUGGGGCCAGCGACGCCUAAAUAACACGAAGCACCCCCGUUUCUGGGUGCGCGAUGGCCCAGCCGGGUUACACACCUAUCGCCUGCGUACUAUCUUCGAGGAGGUGACCAUGCCCUGGGACUGGCCCGUUUGUGUUAACUACCACGAGGCCAAGGCAUACUGUACCUGGCGCAGCAAGCGCAGCGGCCGUUCGUACAGACUCAUCACCGAAGUCGAGCAUCACCGUAUGCGGAACCCGCUGCCAGAGAACCCUGGCCCCAAGGACGACCCAGUUAUGUGCCAUAGUGGCCACGAACUUGCUCGCAAAGGUGUGAAUCUGAGUCUUGCAUUUGGCUCUGAGACGCCAACAGAUGCGUCUCCCCCGACCGCUCUCGGUUUCGGAGACGUCUUCGGCAACGUUUGGCAGUGGUGCGAGGAUGAAUUUAGCCCGCUACCUGGGUUCGCGGUACACCCAUACUAUGAAGACUUCAGCACCCCCUUCUACGGGGGCGAGCACCAACUCUUGCUGGGCGGUGCCUUCGUCAGUACUGGUGACGAGGCCAGUAUUUGGGGCAGGAUCCCGUUCCGACCUCACUUUUUGCAACACUCUGGUAUCCGUCUUGCCCUCUCCGCUGGUAGCAAGAUUGAUAAACCUCCAAAGGUCGAAAAUCGUAACGCGACCGCAACUGAGGUUGAGGUUGAUAAUGAUACCCGCCGCGAGCUUGAUCAACGCAUGCUCUUACAUUAUGGCACUCUUGCCGAGACACUUGGGCCAGCUGUACCAGAUACGGCUGGGUUGAGCCUCUCCCACAACUAUGUAAACCGUGUAGUCGAGCUACUCGUUGACACAGCACGAGCUCAAGGCCUACAGCUCGGCUCUGCCCUUGAUGUUGGAUGUGCCGUCGGCGGAACGUCUUUCGCACUGAGUAAGUAUUUCGAUAGCGUCAUCGGUGUCGAUCAGAGCGAGGCCUUCAUUGGUGCAGCCAGCAGCAUGGCUCGCGCUGGAAGCAGGAUAUAUAGGCGUCUCGACAGCGGCGGACGCACCACCAACCUGUGUGCCCGCCUGGAUACUGCUGCAUACCCUGAGCGCGUUUCUUUCCAGGCUGCCGACUCCUGCGCUCUUCCGACGGACCUUGUUAACUUCGACGUGGUGUUGCUGGCCAACGCGCCGCCGAGCCGGCUUUCCAACCUGGACGCGUUCCUAGCGCGUCUAGACGGACCAGAUGCUAUUGUCCGUCCUGGUGGGCUCAUACUUCUCUCUGACGAGGUUUUGGCCAAUACAAUGGCGUCUGGGUCAUCUUCAAAUGGCUCGUCCAACAACAGACAGCUACCUGCAGAGUACGAAUUACUCCGUGCGUGCGAUUUAUCCAUGUUGAUUCGAGACAAUGAGCGGAAGUUCCAGCAUGUUGUGCCUCGGAUUACUGUCUGGCAACGCGGAAUGACAGCUUUGGCCUAA